AAAUGUUUCAUGUUUUGACAGUUACCAGAGAGAGAAUAAAUGUCUCGCAAUCAAUAAUUUUGAAUGAGUUUAAUAAAUACAUUUAUGUUUUAGGCUAUUGCUAUUAUUGGUUAAAGUUUAGGCUACUAGCUUAUAUAGUCCAAUGGGAGAUCCAACGCAAUUUAGGAAAUAUUGACAAGAGGGCUCUAGCCUACCUUUGGACUAGCAAAUAAAAAGUAGAGUUGUCUCCCCUGUCGUUACUAGCGGUUGUUACCGACAUGUCUGACUGGACGGAUAUUCUACCGAGAUACAUGAAGAAAUAAAACGCUCCAACUAUCCACCACCGGUCUUUUUUGGACGGAGAUGGUCACGCGCAGAAUAACGGAUUUGUGAAGUUAUGGCGCUCGGGCACGGCUCCAAAAAGUCGCGCUUCUGUGAUUUGGAGGUAGCACCAGCUCCCGUGGACCUGCCAUUGGAAUGGGUGGGGCCCGGUAACGAAGCCUCUGUGACAUCCUCUAAGAUGUUGAGACGACCCUGCAGGUGUCUCCUAGCCUUCCUUAUCAUCGUCACCAUCAUCAUCCUCUCGGGAGGAGCAACUCUGGCAUGGUACUUCCUGGAGUACAGGGUGUGGGUACUGGAGCCCAGGGUACAGCAGCAGUAUACUGCUAGACUCUCUAUCCUCAACAGGAACUACUCCUCUGGUCUCUCCUCUCACACCAGCCCAGCCUUCACAGCCCAGGCCAAGGAAGUAGAAGAUAUGGUGAGGAGGAUAGUGAAGGGCUCAGACCUAUCUCGCUACUUCAACUCCACCAAAGUCUUUGCUUUUGGGGAGGGAAGUGUGGUGGCACACUUCUGGCUGGUACUGUCAGUCCCCGACAGCCAUGUUGGUAAGGUAACUUUGGAGCGAGUCAGCAGCUGCCUUCAGAGUCUACUAGGGGCCUACAGAGGGAGCGACAGAGAGGAGACUGCUAACUAUGGAGAAUAUCUGUUGCAUCUUCCCUCUUUCUCUAUCACAGAAACAGACCCCAAAGUUGUUGAACUUUUGAAAGCUUCAUUUGACUGCUACAGGUACCAGAUGGUCAGCUCCAGCACAGCUGUGGCUAUGAGGGGACCUAACACCCAGCGCUCGUCCUGCCUUUGGCACCUCAGGGCCCCGCAAGGCACCAGCACCCAGAGUUUCAGACUGGAGCUGAGGAUGGAGUGGCUGCUACCAGAGUGUAGAGAUAGACUGGCUGUCUAUGAUGGUUUAACGCCUACUGAUACUCACCUCAUCACCUCUCUGUAUGGCUGCAGCAGACAAGAGCGUGUUGUUCAUGUGUUGUCAUCAGGAGAGUGGAUGACAGUGGUCUGGAAACAGGGUCUCUACAACUACAAAGACCCCUUCUCCCUGUCUGCACAGGCCUGGACCACUGAAGUGUGUUCCUCCAACAUAGAGCUGCAGCCAGUAUCAGGGGUACAGGGUAGUCUACGUACCCCCUUCUAUCCCAGUUACUACCCACCAGACACCAACUGUACCUGGACAUUCACUGUGCCCUCUGCAGACUAUGGACUAUCUCUGGAGUUUGAAGGUUAUGAGCUGAGCAGGGCCAACUAUAACCAGGCCUGUACACAGGGACAGUGGAUGGUACAGAACCGCAGGUUCUGUGGGACGAGAGGUCUCCAGCCGUAUGCUGAGCGCCUCUACCUCCUCUCCACGGCAACCAGCGUUGUCAUGACGUCCGAGGUGUCAAUCACAGGGCCUGGACUCCAGGUCCACUACAGCCUCUUCAACCAAUCAGAUCCCUGUCCUGGUCAGUUCCUGUGUACUCUAAAUGGUCUGUGUGUUCCAGCCUGUGACGGCAUCAAAGACUGCCCCAACGGACUGGACGAGAGAAACUGUGUGUGUAUAGCCCAGUACCAGUGUCCAGAGGACAGUCAGUGUGUUGACUACUUCAAGGUGUGUGACCAGCACCCAGACUGCCUAGAGGCCAUGGAUGAAGAGAACUGCACUGAGGGUGUGCAGUGUACAGACAAGACGUGUGUGUGUGUGUCUCCAGGUGUGCAGUGUACAGACAAGACGUAUGUGUGUGCUGACGGGACGUGUCUGAAGAAGCCUAACCCAGAGUGUGACUUCAUCACCGACUGUCCUGAUGCCUCCGAUGAGAGACACUGUGACUGUGGUCUGAGGCAGUUCACCAGUCGCGUUGUGGGAGGAGUCAACGCUACUGAAGGGGAGUGGCCAUGGCAGGUCAGCCUUCAGAUCGGUGGACGUCAUGUCUGUGGGGGGGCUCUGGUCUCCAGCCAAUGGGUGGUCUCCGCUGCCCACUGUUUCUAUGACGACCGUCUCUCUCCCAGAGCGUGGACGGUCUACCUAGGUAAGUUCCUGUUGAACCGCAGCAGUCAGAUGGAGGAUGCCAUUCGGGUGCAGCAGAUCCUCCCGCACCAGUACUACGAUGACGAGACACAUGAUUAUGACUUGGCUUUGCUGCGACUGGAGAGACCUGCAGCUCCAGGCACCCUGGCCCAGCCCGCCUGCCUGCCAUCACCUACACACCAGCAAGAACCUGAGCUACUCUGUUGGGUCACGGGCUGGGGGGCGCUACGUGAAGGAGGCACUCCCAGUAACGUGCUGCAGAAGGUGGACGUGCGUCUGGUGAGCGAGGAGGCCUGCUUCCGUUCCUACGGUUACAUGGUCACUCCCAGGAUGUUGUGCGCCGGCUACCGCAGCGGAGAGAAGGAUGCCUGUCAGGGUGACUCGGGCGGUCCGUUGGUCUGCCAGGAGAACUCGGGUCGUUGGUUCCUGGCGGGCGUGGUCAGCUGGGGAAAGGGGUGUGGCCGGGCCGACUACUACGGCGUCUACACCCGCGUCACCAAACUCACCGGCUGGAUCAAAGAACACAUCUCUGGACCUGGCUGACCUUCAUCAUUCUCACCAUCAUCAUCAUCAUCAUCAUCAUCAUCCCAAAACAUUGUUAUCAUGUAGUAAUUGUUGUGAUCUAUUCUCUGUGUCAGUCCUUAGUAUAUUUAGUCCGUCAGGGUUUUAACAGUGUCAUUGACCUUCUGGCAGUCUGGCACCAAAGUUCAUCAACCUAACAAGCAGACUUUCUGGCUCCUCUGGGCAAAUACACACUCUGCAGUACUGGGCUCAACAUCCAACACUGCCAACUAGUGGAAGCUGUUAGAGUUACAACAUAAUUAAGUACUACCAUACCAACGCAAUAGGCCCCUCAAAUUCAAAUCUGGACCUUAAAGCUCCACUGCUUUUGUUCAUUCGUCCCCUAAUCAGGGACUGAUUUACACCCAGGUGUGUGUAAUGAAUGAUCAGGUAGAACAGAAAACCAGCAGAAAACCAACCAGCUGUACUCUGGACCUCAUAUGGUCACAUCUGAAUGCACCUGCAAUCAGCCUUGAUUCCUUUAUCGAAUGUUUGUCUGUUUAUUUACUGCUGUGGAUUGGGAUAUGGGUUAUGCACAGAUCAUUUCAGUCAGUCACUACACUUGAAAUGCUGAUUGCUUUCAGUGUAUUUCAUUACAUGAUCUAAGGUUUCUGAUGAAAGCCAUUGAAGGCCGAAACGGCCAUCUUUAAAAUGGUGAGCGUGAGUUGCGCCGUUUCCUUUUCAAUUACAUGAUGUUCACCAUUGAAAAUUAGAGCUAGAGCUUGUAAACCUUUCAGAACAUGAGGGAAUCCUAACUGGCACCCUAUUCCCUCUGGGCUCUGGUUUAAAGUAGUGCACUAUAUAGGGAAUAGGGCACCAUUUGGAACGACCAACCAUGAGGGUCGGAGUCAUCAUGAGGUUUCAUCAAUAAACCAGCAGAACUGAAACGGUUAAAUUAGAA